CGUCGGCGAGGAUCGACUUCACCUAGAGGUACAGGUAAACGUAUAGCCUUAUAGGAUGACGAUUACUAAUACUCUAAAUAGAGAUGAAUUCAAACCGAGGAAUAAACGACAGAAUCAAAUUUUGAUCGAAUAUAUAAAAAUUUCUAAAUUUAUAACGAAACUUUUAGCAAGUCUUGUCGCAAUAACGGGAUGCUUUUUCGUUUUACAUCCUUUUACAGUUGAAGACGGGCCGUUUUUACCUUUACCAGCAUAUUUACCAUUCAAAGCUGAUAAAUCACCUUAUUUUGAAAUGAUAUUUAUUGGAGAAAUAAUUGGUAUAGUAACCAGCGCGCUUUGCUAUCUCGCUGUAGAUGUUUUAUUUUUAGGAUUACUCACAGCAAUGUGUGCACAGCUUGAGAUACUGAAUGAUUCAUUGCUGAACCUCGGUGCAGAUACAGAAAUUCAAAAUAAAGCAGCGAUCGAUUAUAAAAGAGAAUCUGAAAUGAUGAGUAUAGAUCUGGUACGAUGUAUCAAACAACAUCGAUAUAUAUUGCAGUUUGUGAAUAAAAUUCAAUCUAGAUUUUCUGUGGUUACAUUUGGACAAUUUAUGUUAAGCGUCCUCGUCCUCUGCACAACAUUGUAUGAAUUAUCAUUGCUCAGUCAAUUGGAUUUCUAUUUGGGUUACAUGAUCAUUUAUCUAUUACUCUUAUUAUCAGAUAUAUUCCUACCAUGUUAUCUGGGUAGCGCAGUUUUUCUUAAGCAUCAAAAAUUAACCAACUCUGCUUAUCACUGUGAAUGGAUAAAUACAGAUGAAAAGUUUAAAAAGAAUUUGUUAUAUUUCUUGACUAUAUCGCAAAAGGAUCUUAAAAUUAGUGCAGGUGGUUAUGUAACUUUGUCUAUUGAUACGUUCAUUACAUCUGUGAUAAAGUUAGAAAGAAAUAAGAAAUACCACAUUGCAGGGUGA